ACUGCCGCCUCUCUCCUGUCCCAACCCCCAGGCAACAGUGCGUUCAAGUCGCCCGAUGCAUUCAAAGUCUCUCCUCUCCGCACAAACUACCUGUAUGGCAAGAUCAAAAAAACACUGCCCGAGCUGUACGCCUUCACCAUCUGCCUGUGGCUGCGGUCCAGCGCCUCGCCCGGCAUUGGCACCCCAUUCUCCUAUGCAGUGCCUGGGCAGGCCAAUGAGAUCGUGCUGAUAGAGUGGGGCAACAACCCCAUCGAGCUGCUCAUCAAUGACAAGGUUGCACAGCUGCCCCUGUUUGUCAGCGACGGCAAGUGGCACCACAUCUGUGUAACCUGGACAACACGGGACGGCAUGUGGGAAGCUUUCCAGGAUGGGGAGAAGCUCGGCACAGGGGAGAACCGCCCCUGGCACCCCAUCAAGCCGGGGGGUGUUCUGAUCCUAGGGCAGGAGCAGGACACCGUUGGGGGCAGGUUUGAUGCCACACAGGCAUUUGUCGGGGAGCUCAGCCAGUUCAACAUUUGGGACCGUGUCCUUCGUGCCCAAGAGAUUAUCAACAUUGCCAACUGCUCCACAAACAUGCCGGGCAACAUCAUCCCCUGGGUGGACAACAAUGUGGACGUGUUCGGAGGAGCCUCCAAGUGGCCCGUGGAGACCUGUGAGGAGCGGCUCCUUGACUUGUAGCCACCUUCCCCUCCACGGGGGCAAGGAGUUGGGCCCAUCCUGUUGGAAGUGUGGGGUCACUUCCUCCCCAGUUAAAUUGUGCAUAAACCUCUUUCUUGCUAGAAUGAGCUGGGCCCCCAAGUCCCAUUCCCAGGGAAUCUCAAAGACUGAGGCUCUGUGGCAGCAUUUGUCACCAGCUUGUUUGUUUGUUACCGAGAUUUUGUCACUUUAGGGGGGUAGAGACAGUAUCCCCUAGAGAACCCUGAGCUGCAGGUGGGCCAGUAUUGGACUUCUUGCCCCGCAGGGACUGUAGUCCUGAGGCCCUGCUCAGAGCUCCUGUAAAUGCCCCCUGCCCUGCCUGCCCUCUCGGAUCCUUGGUGUCUCCUGUGCUCCCUCUGUCCGUCCCCUUUAACGACUGUGCAGCUGUCUGCUGGAGUGGCCGUGUCCCCCGUGUGUUCAGUACACCCUGCUGUCCACCGAGCACGCAGCAAAGCAGGUCCCACCUCUGCUGCCGACCCUGCAGAAGGGCCUUCCUCUAGGUGUUCUUCAUGCUGUGAAUCAACCCAUCCCAGGAACUCUUGAACUUGAGGAGGGCAGGCCUCCUUCUCCAAGGUGGAGGGGGCAUCCGUGGCCCCAGAGUGGAGCUGAGAGGGGAACUUGGAAUGGAGCAGGGCCGGGGCCACCCUCCCUCCCGCCACCUCCCCCUCAGACCCAUGCUUUGACAGAAUCAUCGCUGGGUAUGGCUUCAAAAGACCUCUUUUCUCAACUGGUGCCAAAAGUUCAGUUGCAGCUUUUACAGCCAUUUGGUAUAGUUUGGGGGGUUUACUUUUUCCCAACAGAAAAGAACAGUCAUUAACAGGCUCCCACUUUUUAAUGUCACCCCACUGUGAAGAAGUGCUAGCUUUUAAUUCAUGUUGAUUCUUGUAAACAUCGGACCGUCUCCAUCAAGUAUUUCCCCCCAGACCUCGUUCAGGAAAUGAUGUUACUUGGUUGAUGUUUGCUUCGUGACGCCAGGCUUGCUUAAUUUAUUGGACAGAGGUAGUCAUUUAUUUUUAGGAUGAAAUGAUGAAGUGGGGAAAUUUAUAAAGCUAAAUAUUAUAUAUUUUAUUUUUCAUACAUGUUUGAAGUGCAAAUCUGUGGAAAUUCCAUUUGUAGGACCGAAUUGACAUGCCCAUCCCAACACUGUAUGCUACCAGAAUUCUGAUGAUGGAAUUUUGAUUAAAGUGCACUGGAA